ACGACUAAUGCUCGUCCAAGAUCGUCAAUCCCCAUGCACAUGUCUUGGGAAGAAUAUGGAAGACAAUGCAUCUCAGCAGCUCACUCAUCGCGCCUCAACCCAUACGCUCUUCACCCAGGCGAAUACAGACUCUUGCGAGACCACAUUACGCAAGCUCAAGUCACCACUUAUCUGAACAUCCGUAAUGGCAUCCUUCGUCUUUGGGUUCGAAACCCUCUAGUCAGUGUCUCUAAGGAAGAAGCAGCCGGCUGCGCAAAAGAUGUGCGGUUUUUUGACCUGGCACAUACAUCAUACCGAUGGUUGGUCAGAAAUGGCUACAUCAAUUUUGGCUGUGUCGAGGUUCCUCACGCUGGGGUUCUCAGUACCAAGCGAAAAUCAGUACCUAGACAAAGAACGAUCGUCGUCGUAGGUGCAGGCAUGGCUGGUCUGGGCUGUGCAAGACAACUUGAGGGGCUCUUCGCGCAACUUGGUGAUCACUGGACCGACACUGGAGAAUUACCCCCAAAAGUCGUUGUUUUGGAGGGGCGGAAAAGAGUUGGCGGUCGCGUCUAUUCACAUCCACUUCGGGACCAGGUCCCAGACAGUCUGCCGAACGGCUUGCGAAACACUGCUGAGAUGGGUGCUCAAAUCAUCACAGGCUUCAACCACGGAAACCCCCUCAACGCCAUUGUUCGCGGACAACUUGCGCUCCGUUAUCAUCUUAUGUGGGACGAGAUAACGAUGUAUGAUUCUGAUGGACUCGCGGUCAAUCAUGAACGCGACAUGAUGGUCAAUAAAAUCCACAACGACCUCUUGGAGAGAGCCAGCGAUUUCCGCGUAAAGCCGACGCCCAUAGAGACGCUAGAGGGUCUUCCAGACUAUGUUGAAGUUUGUCAAGACCCCAUAGAAAUCAAGACGGACAAGACCAAUGCUCCAACCCUCAACAAAGAAAGGCAGGCCGUGCCGCCCGGCUUCGCUAAGCUUCAAGGAAGAACUCAAGUCGUUGCUGGUAACAGUUCGAGUCGCACAGCUGCACAGGCUGUGAAGUCAGCAGGCUGGCAACUAAGACCUGGUAUAACGAAAAGACACUCUCUUGCCCUUGACGCAAUAGCUACAGAAUCCGACAAGCCAACUCUCGGCGCAACCAUGGAUGAAGCUGUUCGCCAGUACCAAGAGCUUGUAGAAUUGACACCCCAAGACAUGCGUCUUCUCAACUGGCACUACGCAGAUCUGGAGUACGCAAACGCUGCCACAGUCUCGACCCUCAGCUUGGGCGGUCAUGACCAAGACAGUGGUAAUGAGUUCGAAGGUCGACAUUCUGAAGUGGUAGGUGGCUACAUACAAGUCCCUCGCGGUCUAAUGAUGCUGCCUUAUCCUCUUGACGUUCGCUUCGAGUCCACAGUGGAGAAGAUCACCUACAACGCGAAUGACGAUGAUUCGGACGGCUCGGCAACAGUAUUGUGCUCAAAUGGAGAAGUCUUUGAGGCCGAUCAGGUUGUUCUCACCUCCCCACUAGGUGUGCUCAAGACGCAGACUAUAGGCUUCGAACCACCUCUGCCGGAUUGGAAGCUGGGUGCCAUUGACCGCAUGGGCUUCGGGCUUCUCAACAAGGUGGUAAUGGUCUUCGAACACGCAUUCUGGGAUAGCCAAUACGACAUGUUCGGAUUCUUGAAUGACGCCGAGAAUAAAAACAGCCUCAAUCCCGAUGACUAUGCCGCUCGCCGCGGUCGUUUCUACAUGAUGUGGAAUUGCGAGAAGAAUAGUGGCAGACCCGUGCUGAGUGCUCUUAUGUCUGGUCGAGCAGCUCAUGAGGUGGAAACCACGGACAAUGACACAUUGCUCCAAGAGGCUUUGGACAAGCUUAGACGUACCUUUGGAGCUGAGAACGUUCCUACACCCGUCGAAGUCAUUGUUACACGGUGGAAGAAGGAUCCAUUCGCAAGGGGAACAUACUCCUUCGUUGGACCAGCCACCAGCCCUUUGGAUUACGACAUCAUGGCGGCUCCUGUUGGCAAUCUCCAUUUCGCUGGAGAAGCUACUUGUGGUACCCAUCCUGCCACUGUUCAUGGCGCGUAUCUGUCUGGACUCAGGGCAGCUGCUGAUGUUGUCGACACUAUGAUCGGCCAGAUGGCAGUCCCCGAACCCCUAGUACUGCCUCGACAGAACAACCUAGCUGCUGGCUUCGAAGAGGCCUCUGAACUGGCUUCUCUACCCGCCGUAACGCCAAAUCCCACAGUGCUUCAAAAUCCUUACAGGUCAUCGACUAACAGCAAGUCUGUUGAAGACGAGACAUACGAGGCAGCGAUCAUUGACGCUAUUCUUUCCGAACUUGGGCCUCGACCUCUGAAGCCCGCCAGACCUGGCGCAAGUGUCAACCCAUACCUUCUGUUCACGAACGACUAUUGGGCACGAUGCAAAGAGGAGCUAAGUCAAGCAAAACAGAAAGCGAGUGGUGACAGCGAUGCGAAGGCAUUACGAGAAGAGAUUCGCAGUGAGGUAGGUCGACAAUGGCGAAUGUCAAGUGACGAGGUCAAGCGACCCUACAUCGAGCAAACACAAGCGGCACAGCAAGCGGUAAAAGAGGUUCGAGCACAAUAUGAGAUAGCGGCAGCCAAGUGGGAUCAGGAUGCUCGACGAAUCAGACUUGACUAUCAGAAGGAGCAUCCGCCUACCAAUGGAAACGAAUGGACAGGCGGGACGAGUAUUGAAGUGGCCUCCUCGGCUCCUGCCAGACGAAAGCAAGCAGUCAACUACCUGGAAGACUCGGAGUAA